UCCUUCGUCUUCGUCGUCCCAAAACCUCUCGACGGAGAUGACGAUUGUCGUUGGUCUCUCUCUCGCAGGGAAGAAUGUGCAUAUCAGCUGUAUUCAUCGCCGGGAUAGAGACCGCCGGUGAACGGGAAAGGAAACAUUGAGACACUGGUAGAUUCUGAACCAUUGCGCGAUAAGGAAAUCCCCCGAUUAGGGUUUUGGAGAAGGUGAAUCCCCUUUUUUAUCUGCUAUGUAUUUUGAUGAAAUUGGUUUUCAAAAUCUCAGCACAGUGCUUCCUGGGUUCUACUGGUUUUAAUAGUGAACUUGGUUGGUUCUUGGAGUAGCUUAUCGCAUGAUACAAGGUUAUUCCUGGUAGUAAAGGUUGUUGUGCACACAGGUGCGCCCCAAGUUGAUAUAUCAAAGGCUUCUGAUGUUAUGUUAGAUACUGAGGUUAGGGGAAGGUUAACCACUGCAGUCUCUGUGGAAACUGGAGGCCGCAUUGCCCCCCCCCCAGAGCUUGCAACAAUGGCAGCUUGCUGAGCAACCGACACAUGUAUGCUUUUGUGCUUGAAGUAACCUUUGGGAAGAGACAAUCUGUGGAUGCCACUCGACAAACCGGUUGGAAAAUGGUUUGAGAAUUGAAUUCUCAGCUGAGGAUUGCCAGAACUGAUUGUUUGAUGAUUCUUCCUUCGUUAGCAGCUUGCGAGGUUAUGAGAUGCAUCGCUUUGUGUUCAGAGAAGAUCUACACAUCAGAUCCAGACUCUCUGUUUCAUCAUCAGCAAUGGCUCGUUGGCUGCUUCAGAUCCUAAUUAUCUCCUCUCUUCAUCUGGUUUCUCUAUCAAGUCAACAAGAGACAAGGUUUGUCUAUGAAAGUUUUAGCUCCCAAGAAGAUCUUUAUCUAGAUGCUUCUGCGAAAGUACUUCCCCAUGGAAUAUUGCAGCUGACAAACGAUUCAGAUCAUCAAAUAGGCCGGGCAUUCUACAAGAAUCCAAUUCAGUUCAGUUCCUUCUCAACACAUUUCGUGUGUGCUCUGGUGCCUAAGCCAGGUAAAGAAGGCGGCCAUGGUCUUGCCUUUUUAGUAUCUUCCUCUAUGGAUUUCUCGCACGCACAAGAUUCAAGAUUCUUGGGGGCUUUCAACGCCUCAGCAAAUGGAUCUCAGGCUCUUGCUGUUGAGCUCGACACUAUAUGGAACCCUGAGUACAAAGACACCAAAGGUAGGAAUCACGUGGGGAUUGAUGUGAACAAUCCUGUAUCUGUAGCAGUAUCUCCGGCGUCUUACUAUUCCGACAAGAAAGGGAGAAACGAAAACAUGACCCUCUUGAGUGGAAAGCCUAUACAUGUCUGGGUGGAUUAUGACGGCACUGUGCUCAGUGUCUGGAUCGCACCUCUUAAAGUCCAGAAGCCAAGUCGGCCUCUUUUGUCACAUCCAAUCAACCUUUCAAAGAUUUUUCCUAAUAGAUCCAAACUGUUUGUUGGCUUCUCCGCAGCAACAGGGAACGCAGUGAGUGGUCACUAUAUUCUUUGGUGGAGUUUUAGCACAGGCAGAGGAUCACUGCAUGGUCUUGACAUCUCAAAACUUCCUAAAGUUCCUCAUCCCAAAGCUCCGCAUAAGAAUCUGGCUACAUGGAUUAUUGUCCUUGUUGUUUGUGUGGCUGUUGCGGUUUUGGCUUUUCUUGCAGGAGUUUAUGUCCACAGGAGGAAGAAGUAUUCUGAAGUUUCUGAAACAUGGGAGAAGGAGUUUGAUGCACAUCGGUUCUCUUACAAGUCCUUGUACAAAGCAACAAAGGGUUUCAGUAAAGAUGAGUUCCUCGGAAAAGGAGGCUUUGGUGAAGUCUAUAGAGGUGAUCUUCCUCAAGGCAGAGAAAUAGCAGUGAAGAGAGUGUCACAUAAUGGUGAUGAAGGUGUGAAGCAAUUUGUGGCUGAAGUGGUGAGCAUGGAAUGUCUGAAACACAGGAAUCUUGUUCCACUUUUUGGGUAUUGCAGGAGGAAGCGGGAACUUCUUCUUGUCUCGGAGUACAUGCCUAACGGUAGCCUUGACGAGCAUUUGUUUGAUGAGACGAAACCGGUUCUUCCUUGGUCACAGAGACUUGUGGUUGUUAAAGGAAUAGCGUCUGCUCUAUGGUACCUCCAUACAGCUGCUGACCAAGUUGUUCUUCACCGAGAUGUCAAAGCUUCAAACAUUAUGUUGGACGCUGAGUUCAAUGGUAGGUUAGGAGAUUUUGGCAUGGCUAGGUUUCAUGACCACGGAGGCGAUGCAGCCACAACAGCUGCUGUGGGAACAGUAGGGUACAUGGCACCUGAGCUAAUCACAAUGGGAGCUUCCACUGCAACUGAUGUUUACGCCUUUGGUGUUUUCAUGCUUGAAGUAGCAUGUGGGAGAAGACCAUUGGAACCGCAGUUGCAACCUGAGAAACGACAUAUGAUCAAAUGGGUUUGCGAGUGUUGGAAGAAGGAUGCUUUGCUCGAUGCCACUGAUCCAAGACUGGGAGAUGAGUUCUUACCAGAGGAAGUUGAGAUGGUUAUGAAACUCGGGUUGCUCUGUUCAAAUAUCGUGCCAGAGUCUAGACCUACGAUGGAACAAGUGGUCUUGUACCUAAACAACAACCUGCCUUUGCCUGAUUUCUCACCAUAUACUGUGGGGAUCGGCACAUUUGCUCCGGUUCUGGUUGAUGCAGCUUCCCUGGUAGUCUCAUCCGCUUCAUGGAGUUGGUCAGCACCCUCGAUGUCAUCAUCUUCUGCAAACCACUCACCUUACGCUGGUCAGUCAACAGAUCAGCCUUGGGGACAGACAAUAGAGACUAAGAACUCUCUUCACAUAGUUUCAGAAGCGGAGAAGCCUAAGACUCAGACUUUCUAACCAGCUGUUGAAACUGACAGGUCGCCUACAGAAGAGUUUUGAGUCCAAUCUUUACAGCAUCAGCAGUCAGAGGUAAUUCCCGUUCAUAUCAGCAAACAGAUCUUCAGUCUCCCUUGUCCUAAUGUACUAAGUUUCUCCCUUUGCAACAUGUUUAUCCACUUUAGUGAUAUGAUUAUAAACAUAUAGGAAAAAUGUGUAUGGUUAUUAUUGCAACAAGAGUUUUUAAUUGUCAGGGUUUUGAUUGUACUUGAGAGAAAAUGUUUAGCUCCAUAUGAUGUGACGAUUGGAUAACAGUCACUCCUACGAGAGACUACAAGUCGUAAUGGAGUCUAACAUACAUGUGAGAACUAGUUCAUGAUGUGUGUAUUAUAUGUCAACAGUUUAUAUUGAAA